UGCUCGCGCCGUGUGAUGUCAGAUGUGUUUCCGCGGAGGAUUGUGGGAAAGAGUCUCUCUCCGGCCAAAAUGUCUGAUAUGGAAGAUGAUUUCAUGUGCGAUGAUGAGGAGGAUUACGACCUGGAGUAUUCAGAGGACAGCAACUCUGAACCCAAUGUUGAUUUGGAGAAUCAGUACUACAACUCCAAAGCCCUCAAAGAAGAUGAUCCUAAAGCAGCCCUGAGCAGCUUUCAGAAGGUGCUGGAACUGGAAGGAGAAAAGGGAGAAUGGGGCUUUAAAGCACUGAAACAGAUGAUUAAGAUCAACUUCAAACUAACAAAUUUUCCUGAAAUGAUGAACCGGUACAAACAGCUGUUGACGUACAUACGUAGUGCUGUAACAAGAAAUUAUUCAGAGAAAUCUAUCAACUCUAUUUUAGAUUAUAUUUCAACUUCUAAACAGAUGGACUUGCUACAGGAGUUUUAUGAAACCACUUUGGAUGCUUUAAAAGAUGCCAAAAAUGACAGACUUUGGUUUAAAACCAACACCAAGUUGGGGAAGUUGUACCUGGAAAGAGAAGAAUUUGGAAAGCUGCAGAAGAUUCUCAGACAGUUGCACCAGUCAUGUCAGACGGAUGACGGAGAGGACGACCUGAAGAAAGGCACUCAGCUGCUGGAGAUCUACGCUUUGGAAAUCCAGAUGUAUACGGCACAGAAAAACAACAAAAAGCUGAAAGCCCUUUAUGAGCAGUCGCUACACAUCAAAUCAGCCAUCCCACAUCCACUCAUAAUGGGAGUCAUCAGAGAAUGUGGUGGUAAAAUGCAUUUGAGGGAGGGUGAGUUCGAGAAGGCCCAUACAGACUUUUUCGAGGCGUUUAAGAACUACGACGAGUCGGGAAGCCCCAGACGAACAACUUGCCUGAAGUAUUUGGUCUUGGCCAACAUGCUGAUGAAGUCUGGAAUCAAUCCGUUUGAUUCUCAAGAGGCAAAACCUUACAAAAAUGACCCAGAAAUCUUAGCAAUGACGAACCUGGUAAGUGCCUACCAGAAUAAUGACAUCACAGAAUUUGAAAAGAUCUUAAAGACGAACCACAGCAACAUAAUGGCCGACCCCUUCAUCAGAGAACAUAUUGAGGAAUUGUUACGAAACAUAAGAACACAGGUUCUCAUCAAAUUGAUCAAGCCUUACACUAGGAUACACAUACCUUUUAUUUCAAAGGAAUUAAACAUUGAUGUGGCAGAUGUGGAAAGUUUGCUUGUGCAAUGCAUUUUAGACAACACGAUCAAUGGUAGAAUUGACCAGGUUAACCAGCUGUUGGAACUGGAUCACCAAAAAAGAGGCGGAUCCCGAUACACCGCUCUGGACAAAUGGACCAAUCAACUGAACUCUCUCAACCAGGCCAUUGUUAGCAAGCUGGCUUGACAUUGACGGUCUGGAAAAACAAGUUCACCCAUGAAGCAGCUGGUUGACUGAAGGCUGCCAGUGACAUUUAAUAACUUCAAGCCUUUCUUCCCCCAUCACUGAUUGACAUGAAGGGGAGCUUCAUUUGGCUAGUUUGUAUUUUUACAGCUGUAGUCACUUAAGUCAGUUUUAAAUAUCUUUAACAAAGCAGAAGUUCCCACACGAUGUCUGCUCAACUGGAUUGUUGAAGUCUUUAAUAUAAAAAUGUUCCCGAUGUGGUCGCAUCUUCUAUAAACAUUUUACUUUAGCGGCACCUAUUGGCACUUGGUUAUGAAACAUUUAAACGGCCUGCCGCGUACGUUUUUCUUUAAUGGGAUUUGUGAGGACAUGCUGUGUGAAAUCGAAGAGUUUAUCUGUCUCUGUCACAGUCGGCAUGUUUUAUGUUGUGCAUAGAAUUCAGGUGAUGAGUUUAAUGUAGAUGCACCACAGCACAAGCGUAUUAUAAAAUGCAGUCGUUGCUAGAAUUCCUCUUGCGAAACAUUACAGAUCUAUUGAAAAUGUAAUGUCGGCUGAGCUAUUCUGUUUCACUUCGAACAACAAAAAUAAAAGUCUGUUGCUUC